AUGAAGACCACAAUCCUCCUCCUCCUUCCUGCGCUCCUCUGCCCCUUGGCUGCAGGCGUCCCUGUCUGCAGCGCACCUUCCGGUGGCUGUGUCUAUGGCAGCUUCGACUCCGCGAACUGCGUCUGUGUCUGCACGGGCCAGAGCGGCGGAGGCAACGGGUACUGCGCUGACCACGUGACGGGCCAGUGCACCUUGCUCAAGUCCCUCAACCCCAGUACGCUGCAGUACUACUGCCCGUCUGUUGCUUCGUCCAGCAGCGCUGCAUCGUCUACAGCAGCAACCAAGACCUCCUCUGUCACGACGGCAUCCAAGUCGGCGACAACGACGGCAUCCAAGUCGGCGACAACGACGCCGUCCAAGUCGACUACAAUGACGCCGUCCAAGUCGACUACAACGACCACGACUACAACCACCCCAACUCCCACCAAUGUCUGCGUUGACUAUCUCGAGCCGCCCUUCCUUACCCCUUCGGCUCUCUCGAUCAUCUACGACCCGACAGAAGACCCCUCCCACACGGCAAACGUAACUGUUACUCCGGUGACGAGUACGUUUGGUUCGUUUGCCCUCAACGUCCAUUCCAGCAACGUUGGUUAUGCCUUCAAGAUCAAGUACAACUUGCCCGCCAGUGUCAACAACCUCUCGUCGUCCUCGGGAUUCCGUCUCUCGUUCUAUAUGAAAGGCGAUGGCCCACGCGACCCCAGCUAUGACGGGGGCUACACACUUUGGCAGAUCAAUACUCCCCAGGUCACUCUCACGGACACUGCCGGACACAGCAAUAUCUAUAUCCCCCUGAAUACGUACAUGAACUCAUAUGUCGUCGGUGAAAAGUACACGCGCUAUGAGAUCAACCUGAAGCCAGGCUCGACAAUCGAUCCAGCUUUCAACUAUGGGGCCCUUGCGAGCAUCGCUUGGUCUUGGGACGUUUUUGGCUGGGGUUUCGAUGUCACUUUGGAUGGACUCAUAUUCGACGACAAGACCAAUCCGUGUGCUCUGACUCCGAGUUGCCCCCCGAACAGCUUGUGGUUCGCCUCGACGUACAACUGCGAGUGCCUGCUUGGCUACACUGGCCCCAACUGCAGCUCGUGUGCCACCGACUAUGUGCUUUCCAAUGGCAAAUGCGUCCUCGCCAAUGACGGCAAUUUCACAUACUGGCCCAACCCCGUCUCGGGCGCCAACUCGGAUUCGUGGCUGAUGGCCCAUCACGCCGACAUUCAAGUCAUUACCCGAAACAUCUUGGUGCUCAACUUUGCCAACCCAACGGAUCCGGUGCUCUCCAAGACUUACUACAAUAACAAGUACAACAACAUGACCAUAUUGCUCAACAACAUUGUGGCCAACUAUGAAAAGGCCUCUCAGUUCCAAUGGUUCCAAAACCCCAAAAACCCACCCAAUCUCAAGCACAACCUUAACAUUGUGAAUCUCUUUGACGGAAUGUACGGAACCAGCCCUGUGCCUAACACCACUUUCGAGAACUCAGGCCUGACCCCUCGCUUCUACACCGACCCAACCCACCCCACUUGGAGCAACUUUGAUUACUCUGCACUCUACAACUCGACCUAUGCCUCCUACUAUGGAUACUCGGACGGCAACGGUGGCUACUAUGAUCUCUGCACCCUGGUUGAUAAGGGUUUGGUGCACGAAGUCUGGACUAUCCUCAGUGGCGAUGUUACCAACGAUGCAUAUAGCCGAGAGUCCGCUCAGUGGGUCCAAAAGUACAGCCCCACAGGAAACAAGAUCCCCGGCGCCUUCUCUCCCUGUGCCGGCAAUGGAUGCUUUGAGCCGCCCGUUGCCUGGUUCCCGACCUGCGCCAGCACCGGCCGAAGUCUGCGCUUCGUGGGCAUCAAUCCCUUCCGCGGCCCUAGUUUCCACGGAUUUGGCCACAACCUGGAGGAGCUCGGUAGCCGCCGCAACUACAUUCCGUCGUUCAGCGACUGGUUUGUGGACUUUGCUGGACUGAACCUCGAUCUGCGCUACAAUGUCGACUUUGAGAGCACGUACGGACAGGCCAAGUGGUUUACAAAUACGACAACAGCGACGCUCCAGAUGGGCUACGACUACAUCAACAACGUGGCCACAGGCCCUAACUACACCAUCGGCAACUUUGAUCCCGUCUGCGGAACGGUGCACUUUGCCAUUAACAGCCACGGAGACUACCAAUACCACAACACCGAGUUUUUCCAAUCCUCAUGCGUGCAGUUCGGCAAAACCCCCGUGGUUCCUCUGCCGACAUAUGCUUGGCAGACGACUUGGUCAACCCUUCCCGACACCACCUUUGACGACAAUGGAGGAGACUGGCUGCAAUGGUGGAUGUCCAACAUGCCGUGGUAUCCUUCCAACAUGAAGACCGCCAGCGGCAAACCGAUGCUCAGCCCUGGUCCGUUCUUCCACUACUAG